UAGUACAAUUACUAGUAUUGUGUUUGACAGUAGUUAGCGGUAGAUCAUUCUUCCAUCACAUCCCAGCGUUGCAAACUAGAUGAAAAAAAAAAACAAUUGUAGACUUUGUUUUGGCACAAAAAAAAUCUAAAGUUAUUGCUAAAUCUGGACGAAAGUAAACUUGAAUAUUGUCAUAUACAACAAUGAACUCAGCUGACCAAGUCCCCGUGUGGGAGCCUCGCGACACUGUCAAUAAGUGCACAGUGUCUUUAGCUGAGAUGUUUCCUGGUAAAGAGCUGUUCGUAUUUUACCACAAAGGCCAGAGAGAUUCCUAUACAGCUUUUACUCUUUACAAGCUGGCUGGACGCUUCGCAGACAGAUUGCGUCGUCAUGGUUUUCAACGUCAGGACGUCAUCGCAAACACGUUGCCAAACAGCCCGGAAAGAGUUAUCACUGACUUGGGAAUUAUUCUGGCUGGAUGUAUUACAAUGAACCUACAGCACUUGUUGGUAGAUGGCUCUGAUCUGUACCACACAGCAAGAAAGAGCGGCUGUAAAUGUGUAAUCAUGUCUGAUAACAAGCAAUGUCCAACCUGGCAACUCCUUAAGCCUUACAUUGCCGGGGACACUGAUGACUUCAUCACCAGAAUCUCCAUUGACCACACGCCCGAGAUGACGUCAUCGAUCGUCGUGACCAGAUACUGGACUGGUCCAAAAAUACCUUUUUUGGAAGACUUGACCUACAGCGACGAGGAAAUGUUUGUUGACAAAGUCAGCCCAUCCGACUUGGCCGUUAUCUUCUGUACGUCCGGCUCCACUGGCUAUUCCAAACUUGUGCCGAGGACGCACGCUGAUACAGUGAACUGUCUACUGAUGCGAGACGUGGCCUGGUACAGGAAAACGUACGGGCAGAGCGUCAAGAUUACAAUGUACAGCGAUAGACUGUUAGGUUUGAUAGGGGGGUUUUCCUUUUCCUCUACCGUGGUAACCAAAGUCUUAAAAGACAGCUAUACACUGGAUGAGUCCACGGCCUCUCAAGAUUUUUGGGACGCAGUCACUAACGAAGACUGCACGUUCGCUAUCAUGGCCCCUCUUGAAGUAGAGAAAAGAAUUACUCACAUCACAAGUUCCGGUGGAGUGUUCCCCAAAAAGUUGAAAUAUUUAAUAGUCAUAGGCCAGCCAAUGACAAAGGAACAAGUGAAGAAAAUGUUUCUGUUAUCAGAGAGUGUAGUUGUAGCUUACGGUUCAACUGAGGUGUCUUCAAUCGCAGGGAUAACCGUGCAAGAAGACAACUUCGAGUCUUAUAACUGUGGCAAACCUUCAAAAGGGAACAUGCUACGUGUCGUUGGCGACCAAAAUGGAUUAUGUAAACCCAAGGAAGUUGGAACUAUUCAAGUGAAAGGGGAAAGAGUAUUCAGUGGUUAUUACAACAAGUUGGAACAUCCAGACCCGGACACGUUGAAGGCAUUCACAGAAGAUGGUUGGUUUAAUUUGGAGGAUUGCGGUUACCUUGACGACGAAGGGAAUGUGUUUGUUUUGGGCAGAAACAAAGACACCAUCACCUACGGAGCUGCUGUUGUGUAUCCUGGUUGGCUGGAGGAUCAAAUCUCUUUACAUCCGGAUGUGAUUCUAGCCUGCGUUGUACCCGUUUCCGACCCAGUCCUGUAUCAUAACAUCUGCGCAUGCGUGAAGCUGUCUUCCACAAGUACAGUCGGUGUUGAAGAGAUCAAAUCUUUCUGUGAGCAACGUUUUCUACCAAAUCUCGUGUCUGCAUACACACCCAGGCCUGCAUUCUACUUGAUAUUCAAAGAAGACUUUCCAGAGUUAAAAACAAGCAAACCAGACAGACUCACAUUAAAACGUUUGGCUGAAGAACAGUUUGGUUAUCAAAAAGUGUAGAACAUAAAGUUUGAUGGAGACGAAUGAGUAACGUCUCCAGUGGUUCUGCUCUGCAUGUACGUAAACAUUACUAACUUCCUUAAUAUGCAUGAAUAUUAAUAAAACAUAUUUUUGUUAUAAAAAAUGUCUUUUUAAAAUGCAUAUAAAAUAAGAUUCUUUAGUAAUAAAUAAAUAUAAAUAAUUGUGGUUUCUUUUUAUUAGUAGUACCAGGGAGAUCCACAUAAUUUUCUCCAUCCGCCAACUUCAGGAAAAGUGCAUAGAACAAAAGAUGCCUUUGUACAUUGCGUUCAUUGGCCAUGUAUUUUCUUCUUAGUUCCACUAUAAUUUUUAAAGUCUUUUUGCCAGUAAUAAUAACUUUUUUUUUUUUUGGUUCGAUAAAUUCUACUGAGCAGGAAAGCACUACUCGAAUCCAGUUUGUGGUUGUUAACUGGUACAGUCACAAAAUGUACACAAAUGCUCAAGUGCAAUGCCUAAUGUAGGCUACGCAUGAAUUUAUUUAACCAAGUGACACAAUAGGGUAACGUAAGGCAAAAAGCCCCCUCUAAGCUUCUAUGGACUGUUAAAGCUAGGUUAUUAAUAUGUUUGUACCUUAAAUUAUGUUUCAAGUAGUCUACUCAUGUCUACUUUACAAAUUAGUUUUAAAAAUGAUUUUGUGUCAAGACAUUUAAAAAAUAUUGCAUAAAAUGUAAGAAGUUAAAAAAAGGGUCUCUUUACCCCACACCUGGGGCAAAGAGCCCCUCCAUUAGGCUUUUUACCCCGAGAGCAAAAUUAUGGAAAAUAACAGAUACUUUUUAUGUUGCUGUGUAUAUAUUUAUACAUGUAAUUUUGUUUUAAAAUGACCGUUUUUUCGUCACGCAAUCUUUCUUUCCUUUAGGUAAGCUCUUUUUAUAACUAAUUUUUUUUUACUUUGCUUGUUUUUAUAUACGUAACAAUAGUUUCGUUGUUCAAAGCAAAACAAAAUGUGUCUAUACGUGUGAAGAGUUUUAUUAGUUGUUAAAAUUAAAUAGAAAGAGCAAAUUGUUUCACCUCUGUAGUAGAUAUCUAUGUGUAUCUGUUGAUGUGUCUAUGUGUAUCUGUUGAUGUGUCUCUAUGUGUAUCUGUUGAUGUGUAUCUGUUGAUGUGUUUCAACAGUUCACCGAAUCUCUUUGAUCGUUGUAGCUUCGAAACUGUAACAAUUCAUUUUAUUGUAUUUUGUUGAUAUUAAAUAUAUGUCCCAAAAGUGCCUUUAAACUUUGCAUUCACGUACAUGCUUUGUUUGUAUUUAUACCUAAUGGUAGUAAAACUACAUUGACUUGGCGGAGUUUAGGUCAUUGGUUAAUAUGCAUGACUAAAUGCAUGACUAAAUGCAUGACGCGUAGGACGUAAUCAUCUUCUUUUUUUUGAAGUAACGUCUUUAACAUAAACAUUUAAGAUUAAGAUUAAGAUACUUUAUGACAUACUUUAUUAUGACCUACUUUAUUACGACCCACUUUAUUAUGACCUAUUUAUUACGACCCACUUUAUUAUGACCUACUUUAUUAUGAACCACUUUAUUAUGACCUAUUUUAUUUUGAUAUAUUUUAUAAUAACCUACUUUAUUUUGAUAUAUUUUAUUAUAACAUCAAUUUAUUAUGACCUACUUUAUUAUGGCACACUUUAUUAUGAUAUACUUUAUUAAACAUACAUUAUGACUGACAUUACGACACACUUUUUUAUGCCUUGAUAAAAAAAAAAUAGACGGCGUAAUUCUGAGCAGAGGGGCCUUGGUGGUUGAGUGGUAAAGCAAUUGAUGAGGGGUUGAGGGCUCAAAUCCUGGUAAAAAUUUUCUGACCAAAGACAUAGCAAGGUACCUAAGGGCCCGGGUUCUAGAAAUAAUUAUGGGACCUUACCCCUCCCUAUAUACAUAAACAAAAAAAAUCGGGUGGCCUAUUUCCCUAUUAUCAUAUAUGGUAGAAAAAUAAUCUAAUAAAAAUAAAUAUUCAAUGGAUUCCAACUAAAAUUAUGUAAGAAAAAAAUCAAAACAUUCACCUUUUUUAAAACCUCAAAAUUCUACUUUAACAAACAUGUUUGCCACGCUACAAAGUCGGACGAUAAGAAUGAUCUGUUGAGUUGAUCUUUAGUCUCUGUAAAAAAUGUUAUGUACGCCUAUACAACUAGUCAUAGUGGUUUUUUAUUUAUUUAUUUACACUGCAUUUUAUGUUAAGGUUGACUAUUCAAAAAAAGUGAAUUUAAAAUUAAUUUAUUAUUUGUAUUUUUAUUUUAAAAAUUCAUAUGUUUUGAUUAUUAUUAAUGAAUUAUUUUCUAUUUUGGUUCGUAUCGAUUCGAGUUUUUUUAAAUAUCUAUUUCAUACUUGUC